UGAAUACCUUAGAAAAUAGACUGAUAGUUCUUGCUGAUACAGUCCUCCGUCAACGCUGAGGAGCAACGGUUGUGCAUCAAGAUAGACUCCAGUGUAGCAGAACCGUAAGAAUCGUUUCAUUUCGAGAAUCGAAACGAUCGUGCCUGUGUGAGAGCGAAUCAAGUGUUCAGGAACACCAGAGCAAAUAUGACCGGCAAACGUGUGACGGGUUUGCUGAUUGUUGGCUUUUUGGCAUUGGCUGCGCAUAAUGUUUCGGCGCUAGAGCUGGGCCAAGACUGUGUGAAUCCCGCCGGACAGGCCGGUAAAUGUGUGUUGUUUAGAGAGUGUCAACCGCUGAUCACCAUCUACAACAAACCGGUCAAUACGCCGGAUGAUACGCAAUUCCUGACGGAAAGUCGCUGUGGUGUUUUUGAGCGCAAAACCCUGGUAUGCUGCGCGGGGGUAAAGAGCUCAGGAAAAACCUCACUGCCCGAGCCACCGAACUGCGGUAUCCAGUUGUCGGAUCGUGUCAUUGGUGGACAGCCCACCAAAAUCGAUGAGUUCCCGUGGACGGCGCUAAUCGAGUAUCAGAAACCGGAUGGACGGUUCGGUUUCCAUUGUGGUGGUUCCAUCAUCAAUGAGCGUUACAUCGUUACGGCCGCUCACUGUAUUAGUUCGAUUCCGCGAAACUGGAAGGUCCAUCGGGUGCGCUUGGGCGAGUGGGAUCUAAGCUCUUCCAACGAUUGUGAAGAUGAUUUCUGCUCCAUUGCACCGAUUGAUCUGGACAUCGAGAAAAUCAUUGUACACACUGGUUAUGACACACGGGACGAGAGUCACCACAAUGAUAUUGCGCUAAUUCGCUUCAAUCGCGAGAUUCAUUAUUCCGAGACGGUUCGACCGAUUUGUUUGCCACUGUCUAAUACCCUUCGUAGCCGUAAACACGCGGGCCUGUCCAGCUUUGCUGCCGGGUGGGGUAAAACUGAAACGGCCACAGCUAGUCAGAAGAAGCUGAAGGUGGAACUCAACGUUGUGGAUUUGAAGGAUUGUGCACCAGUUUACCAGCGCAGUAGCAUCUCUCUAGACUCAACGCAAAUGUGUGCCGGUGGAGUACGGCUGAAGGACACGUGCAGCGGUGACUCGGGUGGUCCUCUGAUGCGUCAGAUCUCCGGAUCGUGGUAUCUGAUCGGUGUGGUCAGCUUUGGGCCAAAGAAAUGCGGCACGGCAGGUGUACCGGGUGUGUACACUAAUGCUGCAGAAUAUGUUGAUUGGAUACGGGACAAUAUCUAUUAGCACAACCAACAAUGCUAAAUGAUACAUACAAAUCGUGACAUGUGGCGCUUCAGUGUACGCGUAUGCAAACAUGACUAAUCUAAAAUAUACAUAUGAAAUGUUCGAUUAAA